AAAAUUUAAUUUGUUAAAGAAUAGAAAGAAGUUUUCUUAUCCUAAGUUUGAUUUAGUAUGAAGAAUUUUUUAUUUAAUUCCCGAAAUUACCGAGCAAAGUUUAUCUUCACACCCCUGUUGUUGAUAGUGACCUCACCUGUCAACAACUUCGCAAUUCAGUUGCAGAAGAAUGUGGACCCCUACGUUUGGUGUUUGCCUUAUUCUAAUUUUCAUUAAUGGAAGCUUCUCAAAAUGUGGAUAUCAGAGCUGUAACCCUGUUAAGGAUGGAAUGAUUAAUGUCCACUUGGUUCCUCAUACUCAUGAUGAUGUAGGCUGGCUUAAAACAGUGGACCAAUAUUAUUAUGGAGACAAGAAUGAUAUACAGAAUGCUGGAGUGCAGUAUAUACUGGACUCGGUUAUCCAGGAACUUACGGCAGACAAAACCAAAAGAUUUAUUUAUGUGGAGGUUGCUUUCUUUGCACGAUGGUGGAGGCAGCAACAUGACAGGAUCAGACAUCUGGUCAAAGGACUCGUUAAUGAGGGGCGCCUUGAGUUUAUCUUAGGUGGCUGGUGUAUGGAUGAUGAAGCCACCACACAUUAUAAUGCAAUCAUUGAUGAACAUUCUCUGGGAUUGGAAUUCCUGCGACAGAACUUUGGAGAUUGUGGCAGACCUCGCGUAGCAUGGCAGAUUGAUCCAUUUGGACACUCCAGGGAGCAAGCUUCCCUCUUUGCUCAUAUGGGAUAUGACGGCCUGUUCUUUGGACGUUUAGACUAUCAAGACAAGUUUAAUCGAGCUCUAACAAAAUCCAUGGAAAUGAUUUGGCAGGGCAGUCCCGACAAUUUAGGUCCCAGCAGUGACUUGUUCUCGGGGGUCCUGUACCACGGCUACAAUCCCCCACCAGGAUUUUGUUGGGACUCGUCCUGUCAUGAUGAUCCUAUCAUGGAUGACAAAAGUAUGGAAGGCUAUAAUGCAGAUCAGAAAACAAAAGCUUUCCUCAACUAUACACAGAACCAGGCCACUGCUUAUGCUACCAAUCACUUGAUGAUGACGAUGGGAAGCGAUUUCAACUACCAGAAUGCUCACAUGUGGUUCAAGAACAUGGAUAAACUGAUCAAGCUUGUGAAUGCUCAGCAAGACAAUGGUAGUAAGGUGAAUCUGCUCUACUCCACGCCCAGCUGUUAUCUGUAUCAGCUGAACCGAGCCAAUCAAACCUGGCCCACCAAGAAAGACGAUUUCUUCCCGUACGCCCACCUCCCCCACUCCUACUGGACGGGGUACUACACCAGUCGCCCCACCCUCAAGGGCUAUGUCAGGCAGACAAACAGUUUUCUACAGGUGUGUAAACAGCUGGAUGCUUUGGCUGUGUUAGAAGAUUCUGACAACAGUACACUCAACAUCAAAGUCUUAAAGGAAGCAAUGGGUGUGGCACAACAUCAUGACGCUGUGUCGGGAACAGAAAAACAGGCUGUGGCUUAUGACUAUGCAAUGAGGCUAGCCAGGGGAAAUUAUGAAUGUCAGAAAGUGGUCAAUGAUGCCUACAAGAAAUUAUUUCCAAAACAGAAAGAAGCCCCACCAGACCAGCUGUUCUGUAAUCUGUUGAAUAUCAGCAUGUGUCAUGCAACAGAAAAUAACAAACAGUUUACCAUGACUGUGUACAAUCCUUUGGGAAGGUCACUGAAUCACUGGAUACGACUUCCUGUCAUAGGUAGAUCCUAUGUCAUAACAGAUCCCAAUGGCAAGAGUAUACCAUCGCAGGUUUUACCCAUCAGCAGCGAGACUAAGAAAAUCCCAGAGAGGAAUGGAUCCCUGGCAGAGAAUGAACUUGUUUUCAAUGUCUCAUUACCUCCCCUUGGCUUCAGCACCUUCUUCAUCAAAAUGAGCCAGGGUAAGUCUACAU